AUGUCGGACAGAGAUAGGUACGGCGACCGGGACCGUGCUCGUGACAGAGAACGGGACAGGGACCGCGACCGAGAUAGAGAGAGGCGCCGGGAAAAGGAAGAUAGGGAUCGCCUCCGGGACCGAGAUCGAGUGCGCACGCGGUCGAGAACACGGUCGCCGGACCGAACACGAGGGAGACACGCUCGUUCCCGCACUCGCUCGCCGGACACGAGGGAGCGCAACUCGCGCUCGCCAGAUGCACGCGCCUCGCAUCGCCGCCACCGCCACCAGCGCACCCCGUCGCCUUCGCCUCCGCGGAAGAGGCACCGUCACGAUCCCGACGAGGAGAGGGAUAAGGACAGGCAGAGAGCAGCGGCGGAUUCUGAUCUUGUAGACGGGAUCUCGAAGGAGCCGCAGAAGCGGACGGACAAGAAGAGCGGUGGGGGAGAUGGAGCGGAAGUAACCGGAGAUGGAAUUGGUGGCGAGAUUGGGAACGAGGAUGAGGUUGAGAUGAUGAAGAUGUUAGGGAUUCCGAUUGGCUUUGAUUCGACGAAAGGGAAGCCGGUUCCCGGCGCCGAUGUGAGCGGUAUCAGGGCGACGACCAAGCGGCAGCCCAGGCAGUACAUGAACCGCAGGGGAGGGUUCAAUCGGCCGUUGCCUGCAGAGCGUAAUCGAUAG